AUGUCUUCCGAACCCAAAUACACCAUGCUUCUUUUCUUCAAGCGCAAUCCAAGCCUCAGCCCGUCAGAGUUCAAAGCCUAUUACGAGGCCAAUCACGUUCCCCUCGUUCUCGAGGUGGCCAAGGAGGCCAAGGGACUAAUCACGUACACGCGGCGCUACCUCGACCACGCAGCCUCGGACCCGUCUCUCGGCAACCCUUUUACCGUCUUUGGCGAUUCGCCGCCGGCAACGGUGCCCUACGACAUGGUCAAUGAAGUCACGUUUGCGACUAGAGCGGAUGCGGUCGAGUUCUCGAGAAUCAUGUACAAGGUCGAGGAGAACAGGGCCCGGGUCCUGGACGACGAGAAUAAACUGUUCGUGGAGGAUCAAAUGAGGGGCAUGAUUGUUGAAACUAUCACAUCUUGA